UUGUAAUCCAAUUAUUAGUUGUCGACGUCACUUCUGUGAAAAAUCUCACUGGGCGGCCAGGCCUGGUUGGCCAUACAUUCUUCAAGUUCGAGUUUGCCACGCAAUGAGCACUGAUCCAGUUCCAAACUUGCCGGAGACACAGCGGGCUUGGAGAUCUGUGAAGCGAGGCAAACCUUACGAAUCUCUUGUUUUCCAGACGGACGUGCCUGUUCCUCCCCUUUCACGUGGGGAAGUGCUUGUGAAGGUCCAGGCGGCAGCACUUAAUCCGGUAGGAUGGAAGCUCAUGUCGGUUGCGCCCGACAUCCUUGCCAGGAGACCAAUAACACCAGAACAUGAUUUCGCCGGUGUGGUUGUGGAUGCAAACAGCACUGAAUUCUCCGCAGGAGACGAGGUUAUCGGGUUUAUCCCUGUUCCACUGCAAUUGAAGACGGGGCAGGGGGCGCUGACAGAGUAUGCAAAGCUUCCUGCUACUCAUCUAGUCCUGAAACCGUCCAAUGUCUCUGCGAUCGAGGCUUGUGGUCUUCCCCUAGCUGGGGAGACUGCCUUUCAGGCCCUAAUCGGCAUUGGAAUGCUUCAAGCUGGCCAGUGUGUGUUCGUCAAUGGCGGCAGUUCAGCGGUUGGCAUGAAUGCCAUUCAUAUUGCGAAGGCUCUUGGUGCAAAGGUUGUCACCAGUGCUUCGUCAAGAAACGAGGAAUUUUGUCGUAACGCGGGGGCAGAUGAAUUUCUCGAUUAUACGAACAAACCUCUUCAUGAGCACUUGGUGGAAAAUCCGCCCUCACCCAAAUUUGACAUCAUCUUUGAUGCCGUUGCUUUGGUUGACCCCGCUCUUUACAAGCACUCGAAUGCCUACAUGAAACCAGGAGGUAUAUUCAUCUCAACUGGACCUUGGCCAGACCUAAAAUCGUGGGGCGGAUCUGCUGGCAUCUCAAAGUUUCUUUCUUUGACCUGCGAAAUUCUGAGGCCAUCGUUCCUGGGUGGUGUUAAUGCAAAGUGGACCAUGGUGAGCGUAACUCACAAGCCACAGGAUCUUGCAAAGCUGCGCGAUUUAAUGGCGGAAGGCAAACUCAAACUGAUAGUAGACUCCGUGUAUGGAUUCGAGGACGUUCUCGCUGCGUACGAGCGCAUCAUGACAUCACGAGCUACUGGCAAAGUUGUAGUCAAAAUAGAUGGCAGCCUGUGACAACGUCAUUCAAGUACUGGUCUGCCGUAGAUACAUUUCGUUACCUCGUGCAAAUGAUUCUACCUGAUAUCGAAUCGGGAUCGUUGAGAGGCACCGAAGAAGUUAAUCACCAGACCGAAAGUGAUGGCAUCUGGUUCUGACGAACUCGCC